AUGGAGAAACAGUACGAUAUUGGCUAUGCUAUCGUUUCGUUGAUCUUCAUUACGAACGCCAUUGGCUUCAUCACUGCUGCAUUCUUUACCGAUUUCACGUUGGAGAAAUUGGGGAGAGCAAGAGCAUGCAUGUUGUCUGAGGCCAUGCUCAUAGUUGGCUACGUGAUCAUUGCUUGCACGCCUCCCUUUCCAGUGGUUGUCAUUGCGUAA